GCGAAGGAAGGCUCUACUGUAGCCAGUACUAUAGCUUCAUAUUUUAUGCGUUCUCGGAGAAUUUCUCCACUUUUGAAUUCAUUCCUCGUGAGCGCACAGUGCAGUGUCGCAUUACAACUGCUCUAGCUAUUUAAUGUGACAUGAAUACGAAACCGAUCUGAUGAAAGGCUUGUUGAACGAGCUGAUAAACGUCAUGCCCGCACAUUUUUCGGUCAAUACGAUGCUUGACACACAGUAGUCAAAGUUAGCUCAACUGGCCUGUUUAUUCGGAUUGCAACCUAUCAUCUAAAAUUAUUUGGUUGAUAGUGUGACAGCAACGGAUCCUCCGCCUGCUGUCACCCAAGAAGCUAUACGACCCGGACCCGCCAGAGGAGCGUGAAAAAAACAGACACAUCGGAGGCUGUCAUCUCAAAGAGGUUGCCUGCGGUGAUGUCCAAGGCAACGAAGUCAGCAUCCAAGUCUCGGUCCCACUCUGGGUCCUGGUCCAGAUCUCGCUCUGUCUCCCGCUCCAGAAGCAGCUCACGGUCCAGAUCUAGGAAACAUCGCUACAGCUCUAGGUCCCGCACUCGCUCGCGCUCCAGAUCUCAUUCUCCAUCCCACAAUAACCGAGAGCGGAACUACCCAAGGGAGUACCAGAAUAAUAACCGUGAGUUCCGGGGCUACCACCGAGGCUUCCGGAGGCCCUACUACUUCAGAGGCCGAGGGCGUGGUUACUUCCCACGGGGGCGCUUCCAGAGGGGUGGGGGAGGUGGCUACAACAACAACUACCGCCCCAAUAACUGGCAGAACUACAGGCAGCACCCCCAACAGCAGCAGCAACAACAACAACAGCAACAGCAACACCCCCACAGCCCGAGACGGGGACGAUCCCGUACCCCUAAAAAGCGCUCGGGUAGCCCUCGUUCCCACAGCCACUCCAAGGUCUCGGACCGCUCUUCCUCGCCCCGCUCCCGGCGUUCCCGCCACUCCUCUUCCUCACAUUCCUCCUCUCCCACACGCAGGUCGGGCUCUGGGUCAGCCACGCAGAACUCUAAGGAUGUCAAGGAGGAGCGCUCUGCCUCCAAAGAGGUCCAGAAGAAAGGAGGAGGAGGAGGAGGAGGAGAUGGCGAGCCCGUGGAGAUCACAGGGGUGUCUGCAGGGCCUGAUGGGAGCGCUGGUGGGGACAAGCCCAAGGCUAACUGGCAGGGCGUGACAGAUCAUAGCAACAGCACCAGCCCCAGGGGGUCAAGUCCUCAGGUGCGCUCAGCUGUUAUCAUUGGUCAGGGCGUCCCAGCUUCGACCCAGUCUAGUCCCUCUCCUAAAAGCACCAAUGCUAAUGGCUCCAAUUCCAAUGGUGCCCCCUCAUGGCAGAUACAGACAGUGGGCAGUUCACCUUCCACCAAAAGCCCUUCUCAGAAAAGCCCCACACCUGUGUUCUCUGGCUUUGGCUUCUUCUCUAAAGACGACAACCUGGCAGGAGAUAAAGCAGCUAUCUCCUCAGUGUUCAAAAGGUUCUUGGAAGAGCACAAUCAUAAGAAAAAGCAGUCUGCUUGGGAGAAUGGCAGAGAGAUGGAAACCAAUGAUGGGGAUGUUGAGCGGGAGAAAGAGAAUGGCAUGAAGGCCUCUGGGGGCAUCUUUGACAGAGAGCCCGACAAAGGGGAGAACGAGAAGUACAAGUACAUGGACGACUUUGACGAUGACCGGAACGUGUCGUUGAACAGCUUCUUGAAAGCCUCCCCUUUCUUUUCCUGCGAUGGCGAGGAAGAGGACGAGGAAAUGAUACCCAAGUCCCGUCCCAAGGUGCUCCGCAAAGAGCAUGCCCGGGAGGACGACAGGUCGCCCAAGCCCAAGAGCAAAGUCACCCUCUCGGCCAGGGAACUAUUUGAGGAGCGCUUCGGCAAGUGGGAGGACCUGGCCUACUUGCAGGCGGCUGCCAAAGACGAUGAUCUUGAUGCCAUGGCGGAGGAGAUUUACCGCAGCCAGAAGCAGGAGAAGGCCACGGCCAUAGCUGCGGCCUUGGCCAAGAGAGAGGCCAUAGCGGGCAUGCUCAGAAGCUUCUCCCCGGAGAACGUCAGCAAAGACAGGAGGAUGGAGAAAGCUGCCUCCAGCCUGUCCCCCAUACCCGCACCACGGAGGAACUCUGACCGGGAGAUGUUCAUGGUCAGGGGGGAGGACUCUCCCCCAAGGGCCUCUGAGAAAAGAGGAGCGGAGUUCAGCGUCAGAAUGGAUUCCCUCAGAGAUGACGUGGCAAGCUCCUCUGGUGUUAUGGUUGGUGAGCGAAGGUUAUCACGGGAUCUUGUGCAUCCUACUAAAAAGGAGCAGGAGUUUCGCUCUAUCUUCCAGCACAUUCAGGCCACACAGUUACAAAGGAGUCCCUCAGAGCUGUUUGCACAGCACAUUGUCACCAUUGUCCACUACAUUAAAGCACAGCACUUUCCAUCCAACGGAAUUACUCUAAAUGAGCGAUUUGCCAUUUACCAAAGAAGAGCUGCGCAAAAAGAAAUGAUGAAUCCAAGAAAGAGCCCAGAGAUACACAGGAGAAUUGAUGUUUCUCCCAGUGCUUUUAAGAAACACUCUCACCUGUUUGAGGGGAUGAAAAGCUCCGGGGAUGGCAGUUACAAGGACGAAGGUAAAAAAAUGAAGGGUGACUCAAUGGACCUUCGUCUGGAUAUUGAGCGCCGUAAAAAAUAUUCCACCCGGGAGGGUGAUUAUAAACAGGAUAGGGGGAGAGAUUCAGGAGACUCCCCAGAGGCUAGCAGGGAGAGGCCCGCUGAGAAAUCCUCCAAGCACCACAAGAAGUCCAAGAAAAACAAGAAGAAGCCAUCUCGCUCCUCCUCUUCGUCUUCUUCUGCCGAAUCUCACAGGGGAGGAGACUAUCCCCACGAGGAGCCUGAGCCCAAAGACGAAGGCUUUAACAAGGCCAGGCUAGGGCCUCGGGGGGACUAUGGCGGUCCCACGGAGAGGGGACGAGGACGCGGAGGCUUUCAAUUUAGAAUAAGAGGAAGGGGCUGGAACAGGGAAAAUGACCAGGGAAACAAUUCCAACAGUAAUACCGCUAACAUUUGCAUACCAGUUCACAACAAGAAUGAGGACUGGGACCCAGAGUACACCCCCAAGAGCCGAAAAUACUACUUGCAUGAUGACAGGGAGGGCGAGAGGAAGUGGGUGGACAACCGAGGACGUGGAGGACGGGGGAACUUCCUGCGUGGCAGCAGGGGCCGUUUCAUUAUCCGGAAGGCCAGCGUUGGCUUACCCAACAACCACGCCAACAACAACAGCAGCCCCAAGUGGACACAUGACAAGUUCCAGGUCAACGGGGGGAAGGAGAAGGGCGAGCCCCAGGAGGAGGACACAGAGCAGGACCACAAAGACCAGGAGAAGUCUGAAGACAUGGAAAACGCUGAGCAGUGAGGGAGCUCAGGGAGAGAGCAACAUUGUACCAGCACAGUGGAAAUGUUCUACUGUCUCAUGUCAUCUGGGUCGUGUUGAAAUGGAUGAAAACGGACUGAAACUGGAGGAAAAGACUACCUGGACUUGUCCAAUAACAAACACUGUCCAAUAAGAAACUACCUGGACUUGUCCAAUUAGAAAAGACCCUGCUCACAGGUUGGACAUGGGAGAGCUUUGCCCAUGCACAAAUACACACAUUAGGAAUCAAUCAGGACUCACUUUGACACAAUAUCUUUACUUAACAUUAUGUUAUACCUUUGUCAGGGUAUAGCUAACUUGUGUUUUAUCUGCUUAUAGUAGAAACACUGUUAGACAGUGAACUGCUGUGUUGGAAUAGGAAAUCUACGUAACCAACCUUGAUAGGUUAGCGCAGUGCAUUGUGGGGUGUUAUGCCUCUUAGUACAGGGCUGAUGCAACAUUGCAUAACAUUUUUUUUAAACAUUUUUAUAUCUUGACGCAAAAAAGUCACAUUUUUACAGAGCAUGACAGGAGGAUCUUUUUGUGCCUUAGACUUAAUAAAAUAUGUCGGACACAUAUUUAAAUAAUUAAAUGACAUUUGAGGCCAAACAGAUGAAUACUAUACUAGAAGAUAAACAUUUUAUUUAUUUAUUAUACAGUAGUGAUAAGUCGUACACUAUUACACAGUAGAUAUCUUUUUAGACCAGUUUAGCCAUCAACUGCAGAAAAUACAGUAUGCUAUUGACUUUAGCAAGUUUUAGGAUUCAACAAUGUAACCUACGGAUUCAAAUACGUAACCUGCUGAUUCAAAUACGUAACAUUCAACUACGUAACAUGCAACUUUGCAGCAUGUUUUUGGAUUCUACCAGGCUAAAGUACAGCUAGAGGCAAUCGAAUCCCCUUUUUACAUGACAACCUGUCUAAUGGUCUAGACUGUAUGGUUUAUAGUGGUCUUGCUAGUCUAGCAUCUUGCAAGUGACCCCUCUGACAAUGGGACCAAAUUGGGUCAAAGGUUAUAUUCUACAGACCUGCACUGUGGAGUGAAACAAGAUGCUCACAGUCCCCUAGAAGAGCAAACAGCAGUGGUGGAAAAAUUACCCAAUCGUCAUCCCUUAAAAGAAAAUGACUCAAGUAAAAGUUGAAAGACACCCAGUAAAAUUCUACUUGUGUAAAAGUC